AGCUCGUCUGUGCUUCAUUCGGCUCGGCGCGUUCGUAAUGAAAGGAGCGCGUGAGCGGCGCUUGCUGUGACUUCCUCGCUCUUCGGCAGCUACAUUGUGUGGAAAGCAGCACGUUGUUGGUUUCUGCACGGUGAACUUUACGCCGAAUUAACGUUCUCCUGUUUAGGGAGAAACCUGAUUUAAAGCUACCAGAUAUUCUCUCAGACGUCUGUAAGUUACCCCAGCUUACGAAAACAUGUCGGCCUCGGCGGUAAAAGUGAGUAAAAAGGAGCUGAACUCAAAUCAUGACGGAGCGGACGAAACCUCCGAGAAAGAGCAACAAGAAGCUAUUGAACACAUUGAUGAGGUUCAAAAUGAAAUUGACAGGUUGAAUGAGCAGGCCAGUGAGGAGAUCCUCAAAGUAGAACAGAAAUACAACAAACUCCGUCAGCCAUUCUUUCAGAAGAGGUCAGAACUGAUCGCCAAAAUCCCCAACUUCUGGGUCACCACGUUUGUCAACCAUCCACAAGUAUCUGCCCUUCUUGGGGAGGAGGAUGAAGAAGCGCUUCAUUACCUGAGCCGAGUGGAGGUGACAGAGUUUGAAGACAUCAAGUCAGGCUACAGAAUAGAUUUUUAUUUCGAUGAAAAUCCGUACUUCGAAAACAAAGUACUUUCCAAAGAGUUCCAUCUGAAUGAGAGUGGAGACCCAUCUUCAAAGUCAACAGAAAUUAAAUGGAAGUCAGGAAAGGACCUGACCAAGCGCUCCAGCCAGACACAGAACAAAGCAGGACGGAAGAGGCAACAUGAAGAGCCAGAGAGCUUCUUCACUUGGUUCACUGAUCAUGCUGAUGCGGGUGCUGAUGAGCUUGGGGAGGUCAUCAAGGAUGACAUCUGGCCAAACCCUCUGCAGUACUACCUGGUUCCUGACAUGGAUGAUGAAGAAGGUGAAGGUGAGGAUGAUGAAGAGGACGAGGAGGGUCUGGAGGACAUCGAUGAGGAGGGAGAUGAAGAUGGAGAGGAGGAUGAAGAGGAUGAGGGAGAAGAUGGAGAGGAUGACGAGGGAGAAGAUGACUAAGAAAUGACAUCCACCCAGAUCCUCAACCUUCUAUUCCUUGUCUGGUUUUCCACUCAUAUUCGGGAGCAAAGGUUUUAUUA